UCUGCAGAAACGAAAAAGUUCCAGACAUUUUCGAGUGAAAAGGUGCGUAUUAAUAUACGAGUAACAUCGGCGUCCACGGCUGUGGUCAGUUCCCGAGCGCCGUUGUUGGUGAACAGGAUGUGAGUUUGGCCGUCGCCGCUGUUUCGAUGGCGUCCGCAGAAAGCGGUAAGGGGAGUUUGCAGGAGGACAGCUAUGAAGGGCCCGUCGGAGGAGAGCUGUCCGGCUGCGCCUUGGCGAUGAUGGAAAAGGAACGGGAAUCCCUCCUGAGCCCGUCGGAGAGCCCCGGCACCUUCAUCAGCGGCUCCUCCGCCAGCCUCCAGGCCCCUGCGCCCCUCCAGGGCUACGACGUGGAGUUCGACCCCCCCCUCGAGAGCAAAUACGAGUGCCCGAUCUGCCUCAUGGCCUUGAGGAACGCCAUUCAAACGCCCUGUGGUCACCGUUUCUGCAAGAACUGCAUCGAGAAGUCCAUCCGCGACACGGGACAGAGGUGCCCCGUGGACAACGAGAGGCUGUUGGAAGACCAGCUGUUCCCGGACAACUUUGCCAAACGUGAGAUCCUAUCGCUAACCGUUCGCUGUCCCAACUCUGACUGUGCCGACAAAAUGGAGCUCCGGCAUUUAGAGAAUCACUUGGGGCGGUGUCAGUUUGCCACUGUGCCUUGCUCACAGUGCCAGCAGGCGGUGAGAAAGAGCCGCCUCGAGGAGCACCAAACCGCCGAGUGCCAAAAGAGACCCGUGUCCUGUCCCGAUUGUGUGGCGAGCUUUUUCUACGAAGAGAGAAAGCUUCAUCAGCAGCGGUGUCCGUUCGCCAUCGUCAAGUGCCUGUUCUGCGACUUGGAGCUCAUCAGAGACCAGAUUGAAUCUCACUGUGACACAGAUUGCCCGAAAGCACCAAUCGCCUGCAACUUCAGCGCCUUCGGGUGCAAGGAGAGCAUGCAGCGCCACAACCUGGCUCAGCACAUGCAGGAGUUCACGCAGAUGCACAUGCGCUACAUGGCCGAGUUCCUGCGCGGCCUCAGCCUCAACGGCACCACGCCCAAGUCCCUGUGGGCGCCGGCGCCCUCCGCUUACCCCGAGGAUCAAGGGGCCACAGCAGCAUUGGCGGCCGUCUGCAGUGGACCAAGAGGGGCCCCGAGCAGCAUGAGCAGCAACAGCUGUGCGCCGAGUCAACCCGCUGAGGGGAUGCAGAGGCUCAGGGAAAUGGACGGACGGCUUGUAAAGCAGGACCACCAGCUGCGGGAGCUUAUCAUCCUAAAGGAAACGCAGGCCGGCCAGCUCGCUGAGCUCAGGCGCCGCGUGUCGCUGCUGGAGGACACCGUGAAGGAGCUGGAGUCGCAGCAGUGCCACGGCAUCUUCAUCUGGCGCCUCAGAGGUUUCUCCGCCCACCUGCGGAACCAGGAGGCGGGCCAGCCGGUGGUGGAGCACAGCCCCGGCUUCUACACGGGCCGCCCGGGCUACAAGCUGUGCUUGCGCCUCCACCUGCAGACCCCCAACGCGCCGCGCUGCUCCAACUUCAUCUCCCUCUUUGUCCACACCAUGCAAGGGGCGUUCGACGGGCAGCUGAGCUGGCCCUUCCAGGGCACCAUCCGCCUGGCCAUCCUGGACCAGGGCCCCGAGGCUCAGCACCACGUCGAGGUGAUGGAGACCAAGCCGGACCUGCAGGCCUUCCAGAAGCCGCUCAUCCAGCGCAACCCCAAAGGCUUCGGCUACGUCACCUUUCUGCACCUGCAUCAGCUGACUCAGAGAGCCUUUGUUAAAGAUGACACUCUGCUCAUUCGCUGCGAAGUGACGCCGCGCUUUGACAAUGUGCUUCACCGCGACGGGCCGACCGUGCAGCCCAGGGGACCCGAGGCCUCAGUUUCGAGGGACUAAAGUCAAACUCGCACGACGAGAUGUCAGCAGACCACAUGUCAGUGUUUGAAUACUGUUUGAUUCAUUUUAAAUCAUGCACAUCGGGGACGCUGCAAGUAUCCUUGUAUUUAUUUGUCCUCCACCUUUUUAAAUGUCUGUGAUUUUUGUUUUAAUCAAUAAAACAGAACAAUGCUUUUUAAUGUAAUUUAGCUACAUUAUGCUACAUUUUUAAUUCAGUUAUGUUUUUAAUAUUGGAGCGGACAAUAAUUUCUCAUCUAAAGAACAAGUGUGUUGUAAUCUGAAUUUAUCUAACCAUAAAUUAAGACAUUCAUGCAUUUCUUUUCCAUUUAAACCAAGUAACCAAAAUGUUUACUUGUUGUUGUUGCCCUAAAGCAACGUAUUUCCUAUAAGAAAUGUACAUAAAUAGAAGUCUGGGCUAACAAAAUGUAAUCUUGAAAAGCAAAAAAGUCAAUGAGAGGUAAUUCAUCAAAUUUGUUUAUUGUGAUAAACCACAGGUAACCGUCCCGACAACUCUCAAAAAGCCAGUAUGCAUUUGUGAAAUAAUUAUUUAAAAUUUGAAGUUCACAAAUCAAUCACCUUUCCCACCAAUCCCACCUCAAAAUAUUAAAGGCUUCAUAGUAUUUCUUAAA